AUGGCUGACGUCGGUUGGAUCACUGGUCACACAUACGUUAUAUUUUCCUCAAUCACUCGCAAUUCUCAGAUGACAUCCAGAUAUAUUGUGUACGGCCCUCUCGCCAAUGGAGUCACUACCACGGUGCUCACCACGUCGAGAACCACGACCUCAGCAGCCUGUGCGUCCUUAGCAGCGUGGGCGAGCCUAUCGACCCAGAGGCGUCGAAUUGGUAUAAUUUAUAACGAACAUGUUGGUAAGACUCAGUGCGCCAUUGUGGAUACCUUCUGGCAAACAGAGACUGGGUCGAUCAUCGUUACACCGUUCCCUGGUGCUAUCGAGACACUGCCCGGCUCCGCAACUAUCCCCUUCUUCGGUAUUGAGCCUGCCAUUCUUGAUCCCGUUACGGGCAAUGAAUUGGAAGGUAAUAACGUUGAAGGUGUUCUUGUCCUCAAGACACCUUGGCCGUCUAUCGCUCGCACUGUCUGCAAAGAACAUAAAAGCUAUCUGGGCACCUGCAUGAAUUGCUUACCUGACUCCACGGUAUCGUGGAAAUUAAAGUACGUUGCAUACUAUAUUUUACAAGUGAGGUCACGAAGUUGGGGUAAUAUGCGUAAGGGGGAUAACGAAGGUGUGUGA